CUUUGUCAGUGAACAAAAUGGCGUCCUACUGUCUGCUUGCUAGCCGGCUUCAGCAAGCGCUAGGCCAUGGAGCCCGCAGAUACCACGUUUCAUCUGUCCUGUGCCAGAGGGCCAAGGUGGCCAUGAGCCACUUUGAGGCAAAUGAGUAUAUCAACUAUGAGAGGCUCGAUAAAAACAUCAACAUAGUGCGCAAACGUUUGGACCGUCCCCUAACUUUGUCUGAAAAGAUAGUAUAUGGCCAUAUUGAUGAUCCAGUCACUCAAGAAGUAGUACGUGGAAAGACCUACCUCCGCUUACGGCCAGACAGAGUGGCUAUGCAAGAUGCCACUGCCCAGAUGGCUAUGCUUCAGUUCAUUAGCAGUGGAUUGCCCAGAGUAGCUGUUCCUUCCACUAUACACUGUGACCACUUAAUUGAGGCCCAGCUUGGGGGAGAGAAAGAUCUUAAGAGAGCAAAGGAUAUCAACCAGGAGGUGUACAACUUUUUGGCAACUGCUGCAGCCAAGUAUGGAGUUGGAUUUUGGAAACCAGGAUCUGGAAUCAUUCAUCAGAUUAUCUUGGAAAACUAUGCUUUCCCUGGAGUACUUUUGAUUGGAACAGAUUCUCACACUCCAAAUGGUGGAGGUUUGGGAGGAAUCUGCAUUGGUGUUGGUGGUGCUGAUGCUGUGGAUGUUAUGGCUGGCAUUCCGUGGGAGCUCAAGUGCCCAAAUGUCAUUGGUGUUAAGCUGACAGGGCAGUUGUCUGGGUGGACUUCUCCCAAAGAUGUCAUUCUAAAGGUGGCUGGCAUCCUCACAGUUAAAGGGGGCACAGGAGCCAUUGUAGAAUAUCAUGGGCCUGGCGUUGACUCCAUUUCCUGUACAGGAAUGGCCACCAUCUGCAAUAUGGGGGCGGAGAUUGGAGCCACAACGUCUGUGUUUCCUUACAACCACCGUAUGAAAAAGUAUCUGGACAAAACUGGGAGAUCUGCGAUUGCAUCUUUAGCAGAUGAGUUUAAGAGCCAUUUGGUACCUGAUGAGGGAUGUGAAUAUGAUCAGCUAAUUGAAAUCAACCUUGAUGAGCUCAAGCCACACAUCAAUGGUCCUUUCACACCAGACUUGGCCAAUCCCGUGUCCGAGGUAGGGGCUGUGGCAGAGCAGAAAGGCUGGCCACUGGAUAUCAGAGUUGGUCUGAUUGGUAGCUGCACAAACUCUAGCUAUGAAGAUAUGGGCAGGGCAGCUGCUGUUGCCAAACAAGCACUGGCUCAUGGAUUGAAGUGCAAGUCUCAAUUUACUAUCACUCCAGGUUCUGAGCAGAUCCGGGCCACCAUAGAGAGAGACGGUUAUGCUGCAGUCUUGCGUGAUGUGGGAGGUGUGGUACUUGCAAACGCCUGUGGACCUUGCAUUGGCCAGUGGGACAGGAAGGACAUUAAGAAAGGAGAAAAGAACACCAUUGUAACCUCCUAUAACAGGAAUUUCACAGGAAGAAAUGAUGCUAACCCAGAAACUCAUGCCUUUGUUACAUCCCCAGAGAUAGUCACAGCUCUGUCAAUCGCUGGAACUUUAAAAUUUGACCCAGAGAAAGACUUCCUGACUGGUGCAGAUGGGAAAAAAUUCAAGUUGCAGCCUCCAGAUGCAGACGAGCUCCCAAAAUCUAGCUUUGACCCUGGCCAGGACACUUAUCAGCACCCACCUAAGGAAGGGAGCAGCCUUAAAGUAGAUGUCAGCCCAACAAGCCAGCGCUUGCAACUCUUGGAGCCUUUUGAUAAAUGGGAUGGAAAGGAUCUAGAGAACAUGCAGAUUCUCGUUAAGGUAAAAGGGAAAUGCACAACUGACCACAUCUCUGCAGCUGGACCUUGGUUAAAAUUUAGAGGACACUUGGACAACAUUUCAAACAACCUUCUUAUUGGUGCCAUCAACCUAGAGAACAACAAGGCAAACUCUGUAAAGAACUGUGUUAACCAGGAAUAUGGAGCUGUGCCAGACACUGCACGCUACUACAAGGCACAUGGCAUUAAGUGGGUGGUGAUUGGUGAUGAGAACUAUGGUGAAGGAUCCAGCAGAGAGCAUGCAGCCCUAGAACCAAGGCACUUAGGAGGCAGAGCUAUUAUUACAAAAAGUUUUGCCAGGAUUCAUGAAACCAAUCUGAAGAAGCAGGGACUUCUGCCUUUAACCUUCUCAGACCCAGCUGACUAUGAUAAAAUUCAUCCAGAGGACAAGAUCACAAUUGCUGAGCUCAAACAUUUGGCACCUGGAAAGCCUGUAAAGUGCAUCAUUACACAUCAAAAUGGCAGCCAAGAGACCAUCCUCCUCAAUCACACCUUUAAUGAAACCCAGAUUGAGUGGUUCCAAGCCGGCAGUGCCCUCAACCGCAUGAAAGAACUUCAGUAGUGAGGAAACCAAGUCAUCACUCUACUGCUUUGCAUUGUUACCUUAGAACAUUCAUGCCCAGAAGCAGUCACUUACCAAUCAUCUAUGACUAGAGCACUUACAUAACAAUGAAUGUUCCCUGCUGUUUUUUACUGCAGAAUUAGCAAAUCUCAAUUGAGUUUUUUUUUUAAAAAACUAAACAGUCCAGUAACUCACACUUCUUACAUUGUGCCCUAUUUCAUUUUUUUGUAUUUAUUGCAAUGUUCUGUAGCUGUGAGGGGGUUCGUCUGGUAACAGUGAUGCUUUCCAUUUUUUGGGAAGAUAUUAAAAAAAACAAAUAACGCUGCUUAAAAAAAAUAUAUUUUAUUUGAGCUGAUUCAUCAAAAUAAAACAAAUGUGAUCAGA